AUCUGUGCACUGAGCUCUAUAUCGGGCCUCAGCUGCUGCCGUGUGUGUGUGUGCGUGUGCGUGUGUGUGUGUGUGUGUGUCAGUAUAAGCUCUGCUCUGCUGUUCUGUCAGCAGUGAUGGCCCGCACACACACACGCAGCAGCAGCAGCAGUCAGUAUCUGUCCGUCAGAGAUCUGGAGAGAAUGCUGGACUCCUGCAAACUGAACCUGCACCAGAUCGACGAGGUCUGGCCAAACCUCUACAUCGGCAACGUUGGAAUAGCUCAGAACAGGAGCGCGCUGCAGCAGCUGGGCAUCACACACAUCCUGAACGCGGCUCACUCUAAGCGGGGCAGCAUCGGGGACCAGCAAUACUACGGUAGCAGCUUCGUGUACUGCGGUAUUCCUGCAGACGACAACACACACUUCGACCUGGACGUCUACUUCAAACCAGCGGCAGAUUUCAUUCACAGAGCGCUUCACAGUCCAGACGGGAAGGUUCUGGUGCACUGCAUCAUGGGAAUGAGCCGCUCGUCGUCACUGGUUCUGGCGUAUCUGAUGCUGUACCACGACAUGCCGCUGCACACCGCCAUACGCCGCAUCAUCAGGAAGAGAGCCAUCUAUCCCAACAGGAACUUCCUGGCUCUGCUGCUGGACCUGGACCUGCAGAGGAAGAGGAAACACAGGCUGUGUGUGCUGCUCUGAACACACACACACACACACACACACACACACACACACACACACACACACACACACACACACACACACACAUAUACCCUAUACAUAUCACAAACACAUACACACACAUAUAUACUGUAUACACACACACACACACACACAAACUGAGGGUCCACAGCAGACCACAGCCAAUGAGGAAACUAAUGCAAUCAUGCGGACCAAUGAAAUGUGACUGUGGGCGGAGCUACAUGUGGAAGCAUAUUUGAACACAGAGCGUUCUUUAUUCACUUUAUUUGUCUCCUGAAGCAUUUUUCAACUGAACACACACUUCACACACUUCACACACUUCACACACCUCACACACUUCACACACCUCUAUCAGGAGUGAAGAGACUGAUGAUACAUGAGUUUAGAGGAUUUACUGCAGUAAUAUCAGGACCAAACCGCCCAGACCUGCAGAUUCACACACACAGACUGCCUUCAGGAGGAUCCUCUGCCUUUGAAGACUUCUACAGGACUCCAGUGAAAACACUCAAACACUGUGAAUUUUAAUACUAAUAUAGAGAUUUAUUUGUAAUAUAUUGUGAAAUACAGUUUAAAUCUAUAUUACUAUAUAUUCUGGAACACACAUGUUGAAAGCGUGGCGCUGCUCGUGUUCUUCUGGAAGCUGUGAUGAGUUUAUUCUUCAUCGUGAUCAACAGAACAGUGCUUCAUUACAAUAAUACUGCUCAUCUUUAAUGCACUGAAGAACAGUCAGCAUUUUAUUCAGCACACUGACCUCUGUAGUGAUUAAUGUAUAUUCAUUUAUUCUCCUUCAGCUUAGUCCAUUUAUUUAUCAGGGGUCACCACAGCGGAAUGAACCAACAACUAUUCCAGCAUAUGUUUUACACAGCGGAUGGCCUUCCAGCUGCAACCCAGUACUGGGAAACACACAUACACACUCAUUCACACGCACACUCAUACACUACGGCCAAUUUAGUUGAUCAAUUCCCCUAUAGCGCAUGUGUUUGGACUGUGGGGGAAACCGGAGCACCCGGAGGAAACCCACACCAACACGGGGAGAACAUGCAAACUCCACACAGAAACACCAACUGACCCAGCCGAGACUCAAACCAGAGACCUUCUUGCUGUGAGGCAAUAGUGCUACCCACUGAGCCACCAUGCUGCCCUAAUGUAUAUUCAAUUGUUACAGAUAUUAAAAGAUCACAAUACAAACUUCUAGUCGUCUUAUCAGAUCAUAAAUGAUCAUAAGCAAGGCUUCAUCUUGAUGAUUUAGAUAUUUCACUAUUGAUAAAGUUACUGAACAUAUUUUGGAAUUAAAAUGUUAUUUCUGCUUUAGCAGUUCCUCCAGAAUGUCACGUUUAACUGAGUAAAUCCAAGAGCAGGUCUGUAAAUAAUAAAGCUGUUUUGAUGUUGACGUUCAGAACUCUU